GACAUCACACUUUGUGUGGCAAGUAGAACCACUGGCUUGGUAGAUUUUGCUACAUUUUCUGGUUUUUAAACUCCAGAAAAAUAUCCCAGAUAACUGUCAUGAAGCUGGUAACUAUCUUCCUGCUGGUGGUCAUCAGCCUUUGUAGUUACUCUGCUACUGCCUUCUUCAUCAACAAAGUGCCCCUUCCUGUUGACAACUUGGUACCUUUACCUCUGGACAACAUUCUUCCCUUUAUGGAUCCAUUAAAGCUUCUUCUUAAAACUCUGGGCAUUUCUGUUGAGCACCUUGUGGAGGGGCUAAGGAAGUGUGUGAAUGAGCUGGGACCAGAGGCUUCUGAAGCUGUGAAGAAACUGCUGGAGGCGCUAUCACACUUGGUGUGACAUCAAGUUAAAGAAAGACCAGAGGUGGAUGUGGACAGAGGAUGAUACUCCUAGCCUUCCUGGCUGAAACACAUUCUACCAAUUAUAGAUCAAAUGCCCUAAAAUGUAGUGACCGUGAAAAGGACAAAUAAAGCAAUGAAUAGAU